UUUGGGCGGGGAGAAAUGGCCGGGCGGGGAGCCCUGCUCUGGGAGCCUGACUUCUUGCCGGCGUGCGAGGAAGGCGUCGUCGUCCCCCGGCUUCGCCUCCGCUCCAUUUUCCUCUCGCGGGGUGGGGUGGCGGGGAAGAAGAGGAAGUGCCUCGGAUCCCCCCGGGGCCGAGCGAGAGGGGCUGCGCCCGCCGCCCGACACGAGGCGCCUCCCAGUCCCGCUUCGGCGGCACCUCCUCCAGCGGCUGCUGCUGAAGCGCCGCCAAGCCAGCCCCUCCGAGCGCCCGCCCCGUCCAGAGAGGAGCAAACUUUCUUCGCGGCUGUGGUGAUGAAGCGCGCGGGGAGCGGCUGCUCGGCGGGCUCCCGCCUCGGGCUGUGAGGGAGAGAGAAAAACGAAGCGAGGCGCGGCGUGUGAAAGGAGUCGAUUCGCUUCGGCCUCCAGGAGGGAGAAGGGGAGCGAGCCCCAGGUGAGGGGGGGGGAAGACCCUCCGGAGCAGCCUCUCAGGCGUUUACAGCGCCUCGCCAAACUUCAGACCGUUAGGCGGGAGAGGAAAGUGUGCGUGUCUGAUAGUUUUUGCAAUGGGUUGCGGACUGAACAAGUUGGAAAAACAUGAUGAAAAGCGGCCUGGUAACAUCUAUUCAACUUUGAAGAGGCCUCAAGUAGAAACCAAAAUAGAUAUUUUCUAUGAAUAUCACUUCCUGGAAUUUACAACUUUAAGUGAUGCUGAGCUACUGGGAUCAUCAGCAAUCAGGCUCUCUUCCUUGCGUGAUCUUCCUGCUCAGCUGCAAGAAUUGUACCAGCAGGGUUUCAUCUUGGCUGCUGUCCAUCCCUUUGUGCAGCCAGCUAAUGAGAAUGAGAGGACUCCCCAGGAACAAAUCUUCAGGGCUGUACUGAUCAAGAAAACAGAAAGAUCCCUGAAAAAUGAUGCUGUCAGUGAAGGAAAUACCUUAGAGAUAGAAAGUUGCUUCUCCUCAGACCACUUUCUAGAUAAAUCAAAGAUGCCAGAUCUUAUAAAGAAAAUUCAAGAUGCAGCAAGUCGGGGCUUGAGGUUUGUUGGAAUAAUACCUCAAUAUGCUUCCGAAAUGAACUCCAAGAGCAGCAGUGCUGUAAUAUCCACCAGCAACAGCUCCAGGGAACUAAAAGGUGAUAAAAACCCAUCAGAUUUUGCUGAGGAUUGUGUUUCAUCAGAUCAUGAGAAAGCAGGUUGCACUAAUGGAUGCAAAGUCCCAGCAGCAAGGGAGGAAAACCUUGACCAGUGUGUGGACCCCAAUGAAGACUUGAGAGGUGAAGGGCAGGUCAUUGAACAUCUCAGUUUGAGCUCUGCUGGAGAAAAUGGAGGGCAACUUCAAGAAACCGAGAUCUUUGCUGUCUACAACAAGCCAAAGGCUUUGCAGAGAUCCAGCCAGUACUACAGUUUAACAAUCCCUGUGAAAAUCACCAGUGAUGGGCAGAGCAUUUGCAGCUUGGAAGCCAAUUGGCUGGAGCAUAUGACAGAUCACUUUCGGAAAGGGAGCACGUUGGUGAAUGCCAUCUUCAGUCUUGGAAUGAUAAAUGAUUCCUUCCAGGGGAUGACAGAUGGCGUGUUCAUCUUUGAAGAUAUUUCCGUGGAAGACAACAAGAGUAUACAAGGCUAUGAUGCUAUUGUUGUAGAACAAUGGACUGUUCUGGAAGGGGCUCGAGUGCAGGCAGAUUACGUUCCCCUGCUGAACUCUCUCGCCAUAUAUGGCUGGCAGCUGACUUGUGUGCUUCCCACUCCAGUUGUAAAGACAAACAGGGAUGGGAAUUUGGCUACUAAGCAGAUCGUCUUUCUUCAGAGACCCCUCCUGCCCCAGAAAACCAAGAAGAAACAGUCUAAGUUUCAUUGGAGGUUCUCCAAAGAAGACAGACACCAGAAGCAAGCCAAGAAAUCUCUGAAGGCAAAACUAAGUGCCAAAGAGCGGCACCAGACAGGAGAAAUGCAAGAGUUAGAAGUUACGGAAAAUGCAAGAAAUUCAGAAACACAGUUCUGCACAACCCAAAGUGGCUUGCAGUUCCCAGUAAUCUCAGAUCAACAGCUGGCUGCUGUUGAAGACGGAGGAACUGAAACUCUUGGGCAUGGAGACGGGCCUCUCUACAACAAUGAAGGGUUUGCAGAAAAGUGGAACGCAGGUCAUAAUGCUGAACAAGAUGGAGGAGGCUUGUGUUUGGAGCAGACAGGCAUGCAUGAAAACUGUGAGGGCCAAAUAUUUCAAGACCAUUGCACUGCAACUGACACUGAUUGGAGCUGUGGAGCAGAAGCAACAGAAACCAGUUUCGAUGCCGGGUGUCAGUUCGACUGAGAGAGGCAAUUAUUUGCCAAAGUAAGAAACUCACUUGAUUUCACAUUGCUGGUUUUCUACAGGUACACAGUGGAAAUGUUAGUCCUAUUGCAUUUUCCACUUGGCAAUGUAUGCAAGCCUAUUCAGGCUUUUUCUGCCACCCAGGGAAACCCAUGGAUAUUGGAAACUGUGUUGAGCUGCUUUUUCAACCAAACAGAAACUGUCCUGUGCUUUAUAUGUUCAUAUUUUUAAACAAAGUAUAAUUGGUGUGCACCAUAUUUUUAUUCAGUUAUGUGAAAUGGGAGUUCAGGAUAUAAGAAGCUUUAAAGAAGUGGCUAUAAAUUGCAUUUGUCUUAAACACAUUUAUUAGUAUGCCUUUGGAACUACUAAUCUCUUGCAAAAAAAAAAUCUAAAGCAAUAAAGUGUUUUUGUCUGGGAAACCACUAGUGGCAGAGAGAGAAAGAGAACGCAAUGAUUUUCUAUAUGCUUAAGAAUCUCAUUCAUACUCAGUGUAUCCGAUUACCAUUUAAUCAAGAUUAUGUUCCAGAUUUUUAGGUUGCUAAUCAACUUGUCACAUAAAACAGAUCAUAAAACAAAAUGCAUGUAAAAGACAACCUGGUUAACUUGUGUAUAUUUCAUAAAACGGAGUAAAACGGAGCAUUUAUCACCUACUUGUAAUGGAAGCAGGUGAGUCUUUACUGAGAAUUUUCCUCAAGAAAAUAAUCUGCUAGCAAACAUAGAAGCCACUAUGGUCUUGAAAUGCACAAACUAAUACACCAUUUUCUCAGCUGACAACUAGGGAUGGGGAAGGCAUUUAUUUGGUCCACUUUUCACAGCAGACGGGCCUAAUAAAACAGUCCCAAAUUUACUUGCAGAUUGGAAUGCAACUCAGCCUGAUUUUCUGUUUCUCCAGAUUUUGUGAUGCAGUUUUAGUCUGCAGAAGGUGCACACAGAAACACACGUUUUAGAAAUUAAUAUAUUGCAUAGUGAAUGGCCUAUUUCACGUAGUAAAGUGCAUAUGGUCUAAAUGCAGACUUCCCAUGUAUUGUUUAAAAAAAUCUGCAUAAAACCUAUUAUUGAGCAUCAGUGAGACUGAAACAGGUUGGGAUUUGCUGUUCAGCCCAUCCCUACUGAUAGUACAUGAUGUAAAAUCACUGAUUUUUCUCAUAUUUUUCAGGCAUAUUAAUCUUUACAAUAAAACUUGUGUUAUUGGAAUUUUUAAAUGCUCUCGAAUAUAUAUUAAUUCUCAGUCACCUUUUAUGUAUACAUUGUAGUUGCAUUACCUAGCAACCCACCUGGGUUCACAUUUGGGCAAUGUUUAGAAUCUGUAAAGUGUUUUGAAAAUGCCUUCUGUCCUUUCACAAAUUCAAACUCAAGUCUAUAAACAAUACAGCUACUUUUCUUUACCAGCUGAUUUAUGUUUGAUAGUUCCCAUUAGUUUCUUUGUAAAGUAUUUUGACUCAAUAAAACAUGGUCUCUAGGUACA